GCUGGUGAACAAGAACGAACUCAAGCAGUGAAGAAUAGGCAUGGGGAUACUCUAUUCAGAGCCCAUUUGUCAAGCAGCUUAUAAUAACGAUUUCAAUGACGUUCAGUCCCUUUUGGAGCGCAACAGCAACUAUCUGAACAUUCAGGACAGCUUCGGUGGAGACACCCCCUUAAUUUGUGCAUGUAAACAGGGAAACAACAGGAUAGUUAGCUAUCUUCUAAAAAGAAAUGCUGAUGUCAACCUCAGAAACAAGAAGGACCGCACUUGUCUGCAUUAUGCUGUGAGAAAACGGUUUACCUUCCUUGACUAUGUGCUCAUCAUAAUCCUCAUGCCAGUUAUGCUUAUUGGAUAUCUUCUCAUGGUCUCAAAGACUAAACAGAAUGAAAACCUGAUCAAGAUGUUGCUUAGAGCUGGAGCCGAUGUUAAUGCUACAGACUUUUCUGGUAGCACAGCCCUUCACUAUGCUUGUGAAAUGAAAAACCAGGCAGUCGUUCCUCUACUGCUUGAAGCUGACGCAGACACUUCUGUAAAGAAUCAGGAUGGGGAGACUCCCUUAGAUAUAGCAAGAAGAUUGCAGUUCCACAACAUUGAAAGUAUGCUAAGGAAAACUUUCUAGUCAUCAAGGACUCUUGAACAUGCAGAAAAUGACCUCAUCGGGCAAUCCAUCUUGCACAGCAGCAGGAGUCCUGCAGAGGGUUGAGGGCUGUUACUUGGCAAAGACUUGGUCCAAAUCCACCCAUUCCUUGCUGCAGACUUUGACGCUUUUGUGCGAGACUUGUCAGUACCCCCAAGGCCACGUGGGCUGAAAGGAGUUAAUUUGAUUUUACUAAGCCGUGAAUGAUUACAAUAGUGUUCAAAAUAUUGCCCUUCCCAUCUGCUUCCCCAGUUUUAUUACUUGACUUGUGCAGACUGUGGAUUUUGAAAGCUAGCUAUAAUAUUUCUGGAAGUUUAAACAUGGCACAUGACGGUUGGCAGCCAAUGCAAAAAUAAAAUAUCCUUUAGAGUGUGUGUUACUUGUUCCGUAGGGGAUACACUUGACAACUGAACAAUAUGCCACAGCAGUUUUUACAAGGUUUCGUACCCUUCCUUUCAGUAUUUCUUUUCCUACAAUGGGAGUGACUGGGAAAAUAGAUCUCUCAGCUUAGCACUUCCUCCUUCCAUCCCUGCUACAAGUUUCACACACCUUAAUUCUCAGUAUGUUGCUACAAGGGAAGGAUUAUCUUCUCUUUUUUUUAAUAUAAGAAAUAGCAAAAAGAGAUCCAAUGAGUUGCUGGAGGCCACAAAGAAAGCCGAAUCCUGCAUCGCUUUAAUGCAUUAAGAUAUAAUAAUGAAAACAUGUUUGGCGCGGUAGAGAAACAAGUCUCUUGACUACUUUUCCAAUAUGAACAGUGUACUAAAGAAGUAAAAAUUCAAUAAAUGAAAUGCUGUUGAUGGGAACCAGAUGUAUCCUUCCCACUGGACUAUAUAAGAUAGCAUGCUUUGCAGAGUGGUGCAUUUAGCAGGGGAUGCAUAUACCAAAAUAAUAAUAAAUUAAUGAGUCUUCUCUUGCAUAGGUGAAGGCAGAAGAAAACCUGCAGUGGUAAGCAAAGUAUU